GAUUAUAAUCAAAAACCAGAAUCAAUCCAAUUUUGCUUUCACGAAACCCUCUCUCAUUUCCAAAAAUUCCUUCAAUGUCCACUCUCCAUCAAUACCCAACUGUUUUCUCUUAGUUUUGUAUAACUCUCAACCUCAUCAGAUCGCCGGCAACCAUGUCCUCAGGCUUCCCCGGCGGUCAUCCAGACUACUUCAACAUCAACACCACCACCGGCGCCGGAAGAUCCAUGUCUAUGAUGAAUUUGAACAACAACCCACAAGGCUCUUACCGCUCUCCGCUUGCCGGAAUUCUUGCUGACCCAUCUUCUCAGAUCGGACUCCGGCGACCUGACUUGAUGGGGAAAAGAUCUCUGGCGGAAUUCCAACACCAUCAACAACUCCAACAACAAGCUGCGUUUUUCUUGAGAAACGUGAAGCCAAGGCCUUACAAUCAGCAUGUAUCGCCUCUCUCUCUUAUGGAUUUUUCGAAUUCGCCGGAAGUUUCUUCGGUUUCUAAUAUCUCCUCUUCAUCGUUGUCGUCUGUUCCGCGGUACGGUGUUCCGGUUCUGCAACAAGUUCGUCCGCCAACUGCACAAGCCUUCAAUCUUGGUAAUGGAAACUUUAACGGCGUAAUGGGUAGUUAUCAACAUAACAAUCGUAGCAAUUUUUCGCGUAUUUCUUUACCUAAUUUAGCUGCGAAACAAUCGCCGGCGACUCAAGAAACGGAGGGAAAGAUGAUGAAACGUCUGCAAGAGCUUGAGAAACAGCUUCUGUUGGAUGAUGAGGAUGGAGAAAACGAUGUUUCCGGCGUUACUAACAGCGAGUGGUCGGAAACGAUUCAAAACAUACUCGGUUCGACUCCGGUGCAGAAACCGGAUAACACUGUUUCUCCUUCUCCUACUUCCUCGUCUUCUUCGUCGUGUGCAUCUUCCUCUGCAUCUCCGGCGACUACGGUUUGCCCAAAGCAGUUGUUAUCAGACGCUGCAUCCGUAAUAACGGACGGCAAAACAGACUCAGCGGUGGAAAUCCUCACGCGCGUAAACCAGGUAUCAAACGCGCUUGGUACUCCUGAACAACGAUUGAGUUUUUACAUGGCGGCGGCGCUCCGAUCACGAAUGAACGCAAACCUGACGACGGCGUCGGAGUUGUACGGAAAAGAGCACAUUUUGUCAACUCAACUUCUCUACGACAAAUCCCCAUGCUUCAAGCUUGCUUUCAUGGCGGCCAACAACACCAUUUUGGAACUGGGGCAGGCCGAGAAGAAAUUACAUGUGGUAGAUUUUGAUAUAGGCCAAGGCGUUCAAUAUGUGUACUUGCUUCACGAGAUUGCGGCGGCGCGUAAGGUUGACAAAGAGACACCCAUUUCAUUAACGCUUACAACUUUCACGGAUUUUGGUAAUGGGGGUGCUGAAAGAUUGAAGCUUGUGGGUGAUGGUCUCAAAUCCCUUUCUAACAAGUUGGGUGUUUGUUUUUCUUUUAAUAUUUCAAGUUUAAAAUUAUCCGAUCUCAAUCAGUCGGCUUUAAUGGUUGAAUCCGGCGAGAUUCUUGUUGUCAAUUUGGCUUUCAAGUUGUACAAGUUGCCAGACGAGAGCGUGACGACGGAGAAUCUGAGAGACGAGGUGUUACGGCGCGUGAAGGGGCUGUCACCGGCGUUGGUGACGGUGGUUGAGCAGGAGCUAAACGGGAAUACGGCGUCGUUCGAGAUGCGCGUGAAUCAGGCGUGUGGGUAUUACGGGGCGUUGUUGGAGUCGCUGGACGCGACGAUGGGGAGGGACAACCCGGAGCGAGUUAAAAUCGAGGAGGGACUGAGUCGGAAAAUGGUGAACUCGGUUGCGUGUGAAGGGAGAGACAGGGUUGAAAGAUGUGAGGUGUUUGGGAAAUGGCGGGCCCGAAUGAGGAUGGCUGGGUUCGAGCCAACAGUCUUGAGUCAACUCAGGGCUGAAUCGUUGCUUUUGAAGCUGAACUCAGGUACACGUGGCAAUCCGGGUUUCACGGUGAAAGAAGAAGCCGGUGGGAUCUGUUUGGGUUGGAUGGGACGAACUCUCACCGUCGCAUCGGCGUGGCAUUAGUAGAAAUUGGACUUGUAAUAUCCAUUUUAAACUAUAAAUAUGAAAUAUGAUUUAGUGUGACUUGUACCAUCACAAUUUAUAACUAAUUUUUAAU